AGACCGGUAUUUAUCCAUGAAACAUUACGAUGAAAGAUUAAACUCAACCUUUUUAUUAAACGUCGAUACAAAGAACAAUGGUACUACGUAAUAAUAUGGAAUCUUCCAUAUAGUUGAUUGUCUUACGUCUUUAAACACCUUCUUCGUAUCAAGUACGGGCUAUGACCGUCGCGUUACCGUCUUCUCGUCCUCUCUCUUUCUCCCACACUCGUAUGCUCUAAGUUUAGUACAGUUUUAGUUUGCUUAUACAAACCAACUAUAAUCUGGUGCACAUGCAGGCGCGAUGCAUUAAAUGCAAGCACGCGAGUGUGGGAUUGUGAGCUCGCAACCGUCCGCACCCAGCUUUGGACGACAUUUUAGGCACUGGCCGGCAGCAGCGCCGACGAAGACGUCGAAGUUCCGGGGUGCAUACCUCAUAGGGAGUGAGAAAGGGAGAGCGAUAGGACUGCACGCACACAGCUAUAUCAAAGAUGGCUCCUCUGCGAAACAGGCAGUUCUCUCGACACUUGACGCGAGGGUGACGAGGGAGAGAGAGAGAGAGAGAGAGCGAGCGAGAGAGUGAGCGAGGGCGAGAGGGUGAGAGGGGAGCGAGAAGGAUAGAAAAGAUACGGUGUUGAAGAAGAGUUUGAAGAAGGGAGUGACGAAAGGUCGUGGCGAUCCGAAUGACUGGGAAGUUGUGGACGGGAGCCAAAAGUAGAAACGGCCGGUUGUGAGACGCUCGCGUUCUUCAAAUUUUACUAGAAAAACGAGAGACAGAGAGAGAGAGAGAGAUAGAAUGAACAAAUGAGUGUGUUUGUAUGUACAUGAGAGAAAGAGAGAGAGAGAGAGAGAUAGAUAACGAGGAAAAAAGAGAAAGCGGAGACGCCAGGGAAAACAAUUCAGCGCCGGCUAGGAAAGUUGCACUCCAGGAGGUAACAACAGUGGACAGACCAGUGGAUCUUACACUAGAUACUUAGUGCCAUUCCAAAGCAAUAUUGCUGUUGUGGUUAAAAAUAAUAAAACCUAGCGUGAUAUUAAUUCCAAUAAAUUUAUAUUAUUCAAUGCCUCACAGAAACAUUUAAUACGGGACUGAAGUGUAUUGGUUUAUUAAACUGUGAUGUCAUUAUUAAGUUCAGCUUUGGAAAUCAAAGCCUUAUAUAACAAAAGAGUUUCUUCGCUGCUUCUACAAGAAUGUUACCAAAGGAAGACAGUAAAGCUCUUAAGGUUCUUGAGCAGUCCAGCAACGAUCCAAGUUCAAGGAAUUCAGGAACCUUUGAUGAAGAUCUAAGUAGGAUCAACGUCUGCUAAGUCGAUUAAGUACGUGAACCACUGGUGGGUCUCUUCUAUUAAUUAAUAAGUUUGUGAAUAUAUUGGAGUGUAAAAGACGCCCUCAAAGACAAAUGGCGCGCAAGAGCGACAACGUGAAGAGUAUUAAUGUGGCGGUGGUUGGGCUGUCAGGUACAGAGAAGGAGAAAGGUCAGGUUGGCGUUGGCAAGUCCUGCCUUUGCAAUCGCUUUAUGCGCUCACUCAGAGAUGAUUAUACUGUUGAUCAUAUCUCUGUAUUGUCACAGUCGGACUUUAGUGGUCGCGUGGUCAACAACGAUCACUUUUUAUACUGGGGGGAAGUGGUUAAGCCAACGGAAGAUAGUUCUGUGGAUUAUCAGUUUCAAGUCAUCGAGCAUACAGAGUUUAUCGAUGAUUCAUCUUUUCAACCAUUUAAAGGUGGUAAAAUGGAGCCAUAUGCUAAGAGGUGUACCUCUACAAAAAUUACGAGUGCUGAAAAGCUGAUGUAUAUCUGCAAAAAUCAAUUAGGAAUUGAAAAGGAGUACGAGCAAAAGGUUUUACCGGAUGGAAAGUUGAACAUCGAUGGUUUUUUAUGCAUUUUUGAUGUGAGAGUCGUGCCUAAUCGUUCAAUAGAAAAACAGGUUGAUAUCGUCGCUAAUAUACUUAACAAUUUAAUGAAGACGAAAAAGCCGAUAGUUUUGGUGACAACCAAGAAUGAUGAUGCCAAUGAUCAGUAUGUGAAAGAGGCUGAAAAACUUUUAAUGCGAAAGGAAUACAAAGGUUCGAUAUUGAUGGUCGAGACAUCUGCCCAUGAAAAUAUCAAUGUCGAUUUGGCUUUCAUGACUGUGGCUCAACUUGUUGAUAAAACAAAAUUGCGUAGUAAGGUAAUAGCGUUUACAGAAGCUUCUCGUCAACGAAAGGAAUUGACAGAUAUAUCAACGGAAUCUCUUCAAAAGCUUAUAUGUAUGCACGUACAAGACUAUCGUGCCAUUUGGUCACAUGCAUCGAAAAAACUCGCCUAUCAUAGGGAGUUCACGAUGUAUGUCGAACUUUUUGGAAUCGACGCUACACAACGUCUUUUUCGUAGACACAUGAAGAAGCUCAAAGACGAACAAGUGGCUAAGAAGAUACAAGGUUACUUAGAUGUCCUACCGGAUAUAUUGCACGAGAUUUGCCCAGAUAUUUCUAAUUUAAUAAACGAAGAAUGGUCGAGCGUGCAGCAGUUUAUAAAACGGCAUCCCGAUUUUGAUCGUUAUUUUUAUGAGUGCCCGGAAGAUUUACCGUGGAUUGACUAUGAUUUUGGUGAAAACAACACCUCAAAAAUACCAUACGAUGUAUUGGAAACAUCGGAGGCUGAAACUGUUUUCAAGAAUCAUGUGAACGUUUUGCAGCAGGAACAACGUCGUCUCGAACUUCCAAACAGGUUGAAGAAACAGUUUAAACAGUUGCUGGAAGAGACGGGUUACGUUACUCCAGGAAAACAGCUUACGGAAGUACGAGUGCUUUUUAUGGGCCGUGAGUGCUUUGAAGCGUUGUCUCAUCAUGAUUGCCAAGAAAUCUACGAUCAACAUCAAAAGGAAAUUAUCGAAAAAGCCAAACAUAACUUUCAGGAAUUGCUUUUGGAACAUGCAGAUUUAUUUUAUCAUUAUAAAAGUAUCGCUCCUACGGGUACAAUUACGCAAGAAGAUAUUAAAGAAAUAACUGAUGCUUUGCUUAACGAUUUUAGGUAUAAGGCUUUAGAUAGAUUAGACCAAGACAGAAAAUUAAUGCUUUUUCAGCAUUUAGGUUUCGUUCAUUGUCCAAUUCGAGAACACUGCCCAGCUUUUCCUAAUUGUAUGGACGCUUUAAUUGAACGAAUUUUAGGAACAAAGGCUCAUAGACCAUCGUCUUGGAACCAUAGUAGUCAAUGGCAGUUAACUUCUGAAAAUAAUCAGCUUAAUUUGGUGAUACUAGGUAGUAACGGACUGAGCGAGGAAUUUGCUCGUGAGAUUCGAUCACAAACGGAGGAUGACGAAGUGGAAAUUGAUUGUCAAUUGUAUACACUUGGCUAUCGUGUUAUCGAUGGGGAUGUCGGAAUACCCCAUAAUUCUUUUACUACAUCUGAUUUUAUGCCUCACGGUUCCUUUUGUAUUUGUUCGAACGAGGAUACGUUUGAGUACGUUCGUUCGUCUUUAGAGAAAACGCUUCUGUCAAAUUUGGAACAGGAAGAUCGGUUACCAUUUCAGGGAUUGCCGAUAGUAAUUAUAUUCGUUCCAGAUGGAAUAAUAGAUGAACUUGAAGCAGUAAGACUUCGCGAGGAGGGUCAAAAUCUUGCAGACAGUUUACAAUGCCCAUUUAUUGAUGUUGCAAUUGAGGAUUUAGAACAAGAUAAGAGAUUUCCUACAAUGUUGGUUAAGGAUGCAUUGCAACAACUUGUUCAAGCGAUAAAUCAUAGGGCAGGAUUUUUGAAUAUCUACCAAAGUGUUAUUGAAUGUUUGGAGCCAGAUAUUAGGAUAAUAAUGUGUAUGUUCUGCGGUGAUCCGUACUCAGUGGAAAAUGUGCUUGCACCACUGUUGAGCCACCAGUGUUGUUUUCUCAGUAGUGAGCGGUCCAUUGUUCUUGAAACAUUUCUCGGCGAGUCAAAACGUCGAGUUGAAGUAACAAUAUCAAGCUUUCACGGGGCUAACGCCUUUAGGGAUGAGCUCGUCCAUGGCUUCAUUCUUGUUUACUCAACCAAAAGGAAAGCCUCGUUGGCUACACUCAAUGCGUUUUCACAUAACAUUCCAAAUUUGCCAAUUCAAAUAAUGGCAGUGACUGAUACUGGAGGUGCUAAUGCAUUCUUUAGUAAUGAUUUGAGCCAUCAUCUCAUAACAGAAGGAAACGCUACGGCCGAUAAGCUACAGGCUCAUUUCAUGACCUCCUCGUCAUCUUGUCAGCAAAAAACGGCUUUCUAUACACCGUUCUUUAAAGAAGUGUGGGAGAAGAAGCCAGAGAUUGAGCAGGCAUUUAAUAUGGAAGAACCAGGCAACCUUAAUGAUAGUGGCGAAGGUACACUAGAAUAUUCGGCAUUGCAUCCGAUGCCUCCACCGCGUCAUGAAAGUUACCAUUUACAGACUCCGGACGAUGGUAUGUCUGUAACUUUCAGAAGUGGUUCGGAGUCUUACGAGCAACUGACACCGGACGGGGAGUUGGGCGAAGGUGGGCUUAACGAGCACUUCGUCGACAAUCGGGCAACUCCAAGCGACGAUAGUGAUAUUUACAGCCAAGUCGAUUAUCAUCGAGAGGAGCGUGAUAGAGACUUCGGCAGGAGUGGCGAUAUUGCAAGCAAAUUGUCCGGAUGGGUUAAGGACACUUUCAUGCACCAGCAACAGGACGGGGUGAAUAAUAGUUACUCGCAGCGAGCAUUUACCACCGGUCGUCGACAUAUAUCACAAACCAAAUCGAGGCCCAAGGGUAACAGCCAGACUCUUAAGCAGCCCGGGAAGAUAAACCUCAAGGAUUUUUCAAAUGUGACCGACGUAAUAUCACGUAUGGCCAUCGGGGAAAAAGAUGAACAUGGCAAGAUGCUCGGGCACGCGCCUCUUGCCACUCCGGAAAUGGUCGAUCUCGGUUCUGAGUACGCGCAGGUGAAGGAUGUUGUACCAAAUUUGUAUUCGCAUUAUGAUGGAGAUUAUGUUUACACUUUGGUGCAUGAUUCUAUUGGAAACAACAAAUCUAAAUUGCGACAUAGGAGAGAAAAGGGUCAACCUUAUUCACCAUCGACAGCUUAUACCGACUCUGACUCCGAGUGGAGUUCUCUGGAACGUCAGAGGGUGGCGGAGGCCCUUAGCAAGGUCAACAAUAAGAAGUUAUCAUCACACAAGCGGACGCGCAAGAAGCGUACAGCUAUACCUGUAGCCACGCCCAAGGUGCCCCAGCUCUCUGGUAUGUCCGGAGUUAUCGGGAGUGGUCUUAGCGACGGAAUUAUUGGGCUUAAUUACAACAUGAAAGAUGAUAAGAGUUGGCGCAUCGAUCUCAACGACCGAGCGUCGAGCGAGACUCCUGACAGUUCAGAAUCAAGCGAUCAAGAGCAGCUCUCGAGAUCUCGGUCAAAGUCACACACGAAACAUCCAGCUACUAGCCUUCGCAAAAAGUUUGGCAACUCGUUGCAACAACAGCAGCAACAAAUGCAUAUGUCGACGACUCUUCAACAUCCCUUCAAUCUUAAGCACAUGACUCAGGAAAUGUUUAGUACUAUUUCAGCGAAACAGCGUAUAGUCCUUGGCGAGAACAACAUGAUAAACAUGCCGGACGAUGAGUCGAGCCUCGACGUAUCAUCCCCUCGUGAGAUAAAUUCACCGAGCUUUGGCCUUCUAGCCAAAAGCAAGGAUGGCCAGGACAAGCUGACACGUAAACGCGACAAGCAGAAGGCCAAGGAGGAUGAGAAGUUAGAGAAGCGCAGAUUAAAGGAGGAGAAAUUGAAGAGGCAUGCUGAAAAAGAACGCGAACGCGAGAAGAAAAAGCAAGAGAAAACACGACAAACGAAAGGUGUAAACAUGUCUAUACAGCUGCCUCAAACACUUAUCGAGGAUUUCGCUCAGAGCGACACCAACCCAAUUCCGCUUUUCCUUGAGAAAUGUGUGCGAUUCAUCGAGGACGAGGGUCUCGAUUCUGAGGGCAUAUAUAGGGUACCAGGAAAUCGUGCUCACGUUGAACUUUUAUUCCAAAAAUUCGAAGAAGAUGUCAACGUAGAUAUACAUUCGUUAGAUAUUCCCGUGAAUGCAGUGGCUACAGCACUCAAGGACUUCUUUUCCAAGAGAUUACCACCUCUUAUAGAUAAGGAAAGCAUGAGUCAACUCGAGGAUAUAUCGGGUGCACGUGGUAUCAGCAAACCGAUGUCCGCGACAUGCAUGAAUAUGGAAGAUCGAAGCGGCAGAUUGCUGGCCCUGCGCAUGAUGCUGACCAAACUCAACUCUGUCAACUUCGAUGUGCUUAAAUUUAUAUUCCAGCAUUUUGUCAAAGUCGCUGAAAAUUGUAAACUGAAUAGUAUGGAUAGUAAAAAUCUUGCAAUCUGCUGGUGGCCAACUCUUCUGCCGAUUGAGUUUAACGACCUCGGUAGGUUCGAGGCGAUGAGGCCUUACCUUGAAGACGUCGUCCAAACAAUGAUCGACCAGUACCCAUUCUUGUUUUGCGGUAAGGAAGCAAUCGUUAUGGUCUGAGCGAAAUACAGCGACUCUUCAAAUCGAGGACGUUUAAACGAAUAUGACUUUAUCCUCCGAAGAAAGAGAAAGAAACAUUAUACAGAUGUUUCAAGAAAUACAUAUUCAUAUGUACGCACAUAUGACGAUUUAAAAAACUGAUUUAUAAUAUAUACGCAUAUUUCUUUUGAUCAUUUAUCUUUUGUGCAACACAAUUAGCUUUUAGUUUUUCAUGCUAGAGCCUAGAUACAAUGAAAAAGAUACAUUUUUUAAAGGCUAAUGUUUAAAAAAUUGUGAAUACAGGCUGUAAGUGUAAUCAUUGUAUGAGGAGAUAUUGCCUCUUUCUUCAUUUUCUCGAUGUGAAACAAUGAGGAGGCGGUUGUGUAUUAUUUAAGUAUGUGUUUAGCUAUCGUUUCCUAAGAGUGCGAAGCAAAAACAGACACAGAGUUUUUAGAUAGCGUUUUAAAUGAUAUACAUAUUAUAUAUAAACUGUGACGAAACAGAAAAUAAAAUACAUAAAAGGUAAU